AUGGGCUGCGGUCAAUCCAAAGAAGAGGCAAAUCUUCAAAAUGAAGCUGCCAAAUUCCUGGAGCAGCCAAAUCAGAAUAAUUUUGCAAAUUCCAAACCAGUUCUACAUGGCCAACCACAAGCACCGAUAAUACACCCAGCGCGAUCUCCUCCACAGCCACGACCACCAAGAACUUCGGACCAGAAAUUGCCGGCUCAAACGAAACCCUCAGAUAGCAAAGAAUAUCCAUCGCUGGCGCAAACGAGACCUUCAGGGAACAACGCAUACGUGUCGCCAUCAGAGUAUGAAUCGCCGUCUCAAACGAGACCCUCACAAGACAAUGGUUUCGGAUCACCACAACCGAGGGGAGGAAAAUCAUACAAACCACCGAUAAGUUCCAAUGAAUUGGCUUCGCAAGGUUCUAUCGACUCGGAGCAAAUCGCUGCCAACAUUCAAGACGCGGCAACCCCUACCGCAGGAGUAAAAGGAUUUCGAGAUGAAUCAGGUGCCCGCCGGUCUACAGAACGAUUCAAAGAUCACAAGCCGGCCGCUAAACCAAAGCGGACAAGAACCAAGUCCAACGCUCGACCAUCGCCCAUUGAGAGUGAGAUAGCUCAACCAGCCGUUCCUACGCGUGUUUCGGCUCAUCUUCCCGCUGAUAUUGUAAUUGAAGAAGCCAAAGAUGGAGAAACCUUUGAGCAAGUGUAUAGAACUGGAAAACAGCUCGGAGAUGGUGCCUUUUCCAAGGUCGUCCUUGGAACUCACCGCUUGUAUGAAAUUGAUUUUGCGGUCAAAAUGAUUGAUAGAAAAAAAAUGCAUUGGGGUGGGAGGGAUGCCCUGAAGGAUGAAAUCGAUAAUCUUCGCAAACUCAAACAAGCUCCAAAUGUUGUCAAAUUUCAGGAUGUAUUCUAUGAGGAAUCUGUGUGUUAUCUUAUUGUUGAACUUUUACCAGGAGGCGAGUUGUUUGGUCGGAUUAUCGAAAAGGGAACCUUCUCCGAACGAGAGGCGAGAGAUGCGAGUAAAUGUGUGCUGAGCGCUCUACACUACAUGCAUUCCAGACGAAUCGCCCAUAGAGACAUGAAACCGGAGAAUUUGCUAUUAGUUGACACUGCUGCAACCAAUCUUGUAAAGCUAUCCGACUUUGGAUUUGCCAAAGCUGUCGAAACACGGAACUCCUGUCGAACCCUGUGCGGAACUCCUGGUUACAUGGCUCCCGAGGUCCUGGAGCGAUGGCCAGCCUAUGAUGUGACGUGUGAUAUGUGGGGUUUUGGUGUCAUUCUAUUUCUACUUUUGGGAGGGUAUUUACCAUUUGAUCCGACAGCUUCCAAUGAUGUCAAUGCGGUGUUUGAACGGACGAGAAAUGGGCAAUAUCAGUUUUAUCCGCAGCGGUGGCAAAAUAUUUCCCACAUGGCAAAAGACUUGGUGGCGCGUUGUCUGAACACCAACCCAAUGCGACGAAUGACGUCUCAUCGAGCAAUGGAGCACCCAUGGAUACUGGCUGGCGAAGAGAUUUCAAAAACUAAGAUUGAUACCAAGCGAUUGCGAGAGAGUAUUGCCAAGACCAGACCUCAAAAAGCAACGAAAGGGGCGUCUAAGCCAAAGAAAAACCGUGUGAAGGAUCUUCAAGAUGACUUCACAGUAUACAUGGACAAGCGAAAAAAAGACUCAAUUGUGUCCCAUAUGACAGGUGCACACAAGACUAUUGCUACAGCGGCUACUGCAUUUAAAGAGGAAGGAGGUAGCGGGCAGUCAAUCGAUUCAUUUUAUACGAAGGGCAAAAUGUUGGGCAAGGGCGCCUUUGCCCAAGUAUACCGCGCACGACACAAUCGCACUGGGCAGUACUACGCAAUCAAGGAAGUGGAUCUCUCGAGAUUAAACCCUAAGGAAUUGAAAACUCUUAAUGAAGAGAUCACUGUUUUGAAAUUUGUUCGCGGUGGACCAGGAAUCAUUCGGCUGUUCGAUGUCUUUCGGGAGCCGCAGAAGUAUCAUCUGGUCAUGGAGGAGAUGACUGGCGGAGAUUUACUGAACCGGAUUCUGGAGAAGGAGGUUUACACAGAAAACGAAGCGCGAGAUUGUUGUCGGCACUUCUUUGAAGCUGUCAAGUAUUGUCACAGAAAACGGAUCGCUCACCGUGAUAUAAAGCUCGAUAAUUUGCUACUCGUGGAAAAAGGAAACGAAGCGACUCUGAAGCUUGCUGAUUUUGGUUUUUCGAGAAAAUGCAGGUCGGUUGGCUUAACGACGAUGUGUGGCACACCAAACUACAUGGCUCCAGAGGUGUUCGAUUUACAACCAGGUGGUUAUGAUUUCCGAUGUGACAUGUGGUCGGUCGGAGUGGUAGUUUACUGCCUACUUGGUGGAUACCUACCAUUUGAGGGCGACAUCAAGAGGAUCAAGAGGAAAGUGCUGAGUGGAAGUUACAAGUUCCACACCGAUUAUUGGAAGAAUGUUUCCACACCAGCAAAAGAAUUGAUUGCUCGUAUGCUGGAAUUGAAUCCCAAAAAGCGAAUUUCUGCUGAGCAAGCGCUCCGAUGCGAGUGGAUGGGACUUGAUGAAGACCAGCUCACUACUAAUGAUCUCUCUUCGACUCAAGAGAAAUUCAAGGGUUCAGACAAGCUGAAGGCAUUGGAAAAAAGAAUAUUAGCUGCUGGUAGAGAUCGCAUCGACGAAGAGGAGGAGAAAUUUGCCGAAGGGUAUGAGUUACUUCAGCAGAUCGGGCAUGGAGAAUUUGCUGAAAUCCAUAUUGCAAUUCAACGAAAGAGCAAUGAUGUCGUGGCUGUCAAAAAGGUUUGCCGACGGACCCUUGUUCCAUCGGAUGUGAUUGCUCUAGAUGAUGAGAUUGCUGUGAUGCGAGCUAUAGUCGAGUCAACUCACGUUAUCCGCCUCAGAGAAGUUUACGAAGAUUCUGAUUAUACUCACAUCGUAAUGGAUCGGAUAAAUGGUACCGUCUUGAUCGAGAAGCUAGUAGAGAAGAAGAGAUUUCCAGAAGCUGAAGCAAAAGCAAUAGUAUGUAACCUGCUGGUUGGAGUCAAGCACUGUCACGACAAGCGCAUCGCAAUUCGCAAUCUGAAGCUCGAGAGCUUGCUUCUGCCCGAUGAUGACCCGACAAAUGUGAAGAUUACAGACUUUGAGUGCUCAAAGGUGGUCCCCUUCCCAAACUCGUUGCGAACCCAGUGUGGAACGCAAGAGUAUGUCGCCCCUGAAGUUCUGGAAAAUAGGCCCGCAUACGAUGUGUCGUGUGAUAUGUGGACCGUCGGAGUGAUCGUCUUCAUAAUGUUGGGAGGAUACUACCCAUUCCGUGGAAAGAAAGAGAUUGAUGUUCUGAAGAAGGUUCGCUACGGAGAAUUCAAGUUUCAUGACAAGUAUUGGAAAGGCAUUUCAGAGAAUGCAAAAGAUCUUAUCAAUCGAAUGAUGACCGUAGAUCCAGAAAAGCGCAUUACAGCUGCUGACGCCCUGAUCAGCAAAUGGAUCAAUUCAGAUGGUUUCAUGGACAUUUCGACCCAAAAUGGGGAGUUAGAUGAGCUUGGCGAUUCCUUCUCAGAAAUAUCCCGAGGUGUACGCUCCACGCAGUCUUCGCAGCUUCUGAUGGCAAUGAACAAGAAAGAUCUUAGUGCUGUUCCUGAGGGAUGA